AGCUGUUUACAUUCAAAUCUGCUGCCAGUAUACCACAACAAAAUGCAUUUUCAUUAUUUUUAUCCAAUUGUAAACGAACUUUUUUAUUUUAAAUAAAAAGUAUUUGCAUGUAUUAUUUGUUAAAGAAAUGGUUAGAAUACGUGGCGUGAAGUGUGCCAUAUCAACUGAUGGACAUUUACUUAAAGGCGACGGCGUUCUUAUCACCAAUCCAAAGCAUGUUGAAUUCGCGCGCAAACGUAGAAAGGAUUUUCGUCCAGAAAAUCGUGUCUGUGCAGAUUGUGCAAAAGUCUUCACACAUUUGUAUAAUAUGAAACUAAAGAGUGCUAUAGAGAAAAAACAACGUCACUCACUAACUGUGUCCUCUUCGUCGUCAGUGGACGACUUUGAUCGUAUUGUUUAUAAAACGCCGCGUACAAAGCAUUUGCGCGAUUUUGUGAAGCAAAGUGCACCGUACAAUUUGGGAGGAAGAUCGCAGGAAUUAAGUGAAAUUGUUGAAAAAGAAAAUCAACCUAAUAACGCAAAUAAUGGUAAUACCAGCUACGAAUCAACGCAUUCCCUAAUGGUUAGUGAUGAUAGCAGUAUAAAUUCCACAACUAAUAUUGGUUUGGAAAAGCUGCCGUCUCCCGCUGCUCAUGAGGUUGUAUCAGAUAUUAGCGUUAACUCACAGCAUUUGUCUCAAGAUGUAAGACCAUUAGGCAACGCUUCAACAACUCCGACCAACGAUAUCAGGAGUUUAGAAAAUAAUAUUGGACCAGAUGCUCACGUAGUUGCAGACGAAGUUCUGUCAAACGUUGGUGCAAACUCACAAAAUUCAUCAACGACUGCCACAAACAACGCCAGUAGAACAGAAAGUAAUAUGGGACGAGAUGAGAAUAUCACGAAGGAUUCCACAUUAUGGCGUAAACCUUUGCAGCCAGCAAAACGUAAAAGAGUGCACAUCGUGACAGGACCGCCAAGAAAUCAUGGAUCUGUAAAUUUACCAGCGCCAACAGUAAACAAUCGCGCUGCACCAGUUUCAGCAAAUUCAUCUACAAGCAGCGAUGACGACUUCGAUUUCCUACCAAGCUUGAAUGCAGUUAAUGGAACGCGUUUACCGCAUAUACAACCAAUACCGAAACGCCGGCAGUUCCAGCACGCCAUACCAACGGUGCAGGAUAUCUAUAUGCAAGGAAUUACCGGCGGUUAGAUUCGACAAGGAAGAUCUGUUGCGCAAUUAAUUUAAAAUAGUUUAGGCCAAUUGUUUAUAUUUAUACUGAUGCUCAAAAUUAAAAAAAAAUUAUUGAUAUUUAAGUUAAAAGUUGUUAAUGUGAAUCAUAUAGUAUAUUAUAAUUAGACUUAUAUUUAUAUUGCAUAAGACUAUAUUGCGUACUAGUAAAACUAUUAUUGAUUGCAUAUGUAUUUUUAAAGCAUGUUCGCUUAUUUCAAUAAAACAUGUAAAAACGAAAAUAUAGUGAAAAGCGUGUUUUAUGCUUCACAAUAGUUUCCGCCAGUCCAUUGUUCAACGUUUAAGUUAGCAGCAAAACAUACAAAGAACGCCAGUCUAUUUUUUUUAUGUUUUUUGUUUGGUGUUUACUCGUUUUUCAAUAAGCUCAACUUUUUUUGUCAUUGAGUUAGUGUAAGUUAAUUUAUUGCAACAAGUCAACAAGUUUAGUAAGAACAGAAUAGUCAACUGACACUGAACUUUGCUGAAGGAUGUUAAUAUAUAAUGGAUGG